CACCAGACCUGAAACGUACGCAACGCAGGCGAAAACCAUCGGUCCAAGCCAACCAUGAGGCCGCUCGCCUACGUCUUCUUCCUCCUGCUCAUCUCAUCAACCUGCGAGUCCUCUACUACAUUAGAAGACACAUGCAAGUCCUUCGCCGCAGGCCACCCGUCCAUCGGCUACAACUACUGCGUCAAGACCUUCCACGCCGACAACGCGAGCGCCACCGCCGACGCGCGCGGCCUCGCCGCCAUCGCGGCAAAGAUCGCGGGGGCGGCGGCCAACGGCACGGCCAAACGCAUCGCCGCAUUGUGCGCCUCGGAGGAGGACGCGGGGAGGCGGGAGCGCCUCGGCGUGUGUGCGGAGGUGUACUCGGACGCCGUGGACCAGCUCGGCGAGGCCGCGAAAGACAUCGCCCGGGGCGAGGACAAGUCCACCCGGGACGCGCUGACGCAGCUCAGCGCGGCGCUGGACGCGCCCGGGACCUGCGAGGACGCGUUCGGCGAGGCCGACGACACGUCGCCGCUGGCCGCUGAGGACGCCGAGUUCAGGAAGCUGGCGACCAUCGCCCUCGGCAUCACGGCGUUGCUGUCACCUCCGCCAUCGGCACCCGGGAUUAGUGACUGAUAGCGCGUCCGUGUUGAGCAUGCUUAGCAUGGACAAGCAGGAUCAAAUAAGUUUUUCCGAUGAUUUCCGUUGCAAGUGCGUGGUUUUUAAUCUUUUCAUGCUUUCGUUUGGACGUGUUUGAUUGUGUGGUGAGUGCGCUGCAUGCCUCGCAUGCAGUGGUUUGAUCGAUGGUGGUGUGGUGGGCGAGUGGCCAGCUUGGAAUCUGCUCGCGCUUUUUUUGAUCUUUGAACGUGGGAUGUUAGUUAGUGCAUGUGUGUCGUGGAACGUUGAGUGGAAGGAAGGCAUGCUGCCUGCUGUAGGGCACCUUUGCCUUCCAAUCUCGGCAUAUCUUUUUUCUCCCCAUAGUUCAUGGACAUAUAUAUGGUUUUCAAUGU